UCGAAAAUUUUCCAUUUUUCGCGAUGAAUCGUCUGGCAGUGCUGUCCGCGCAUUUGAAAUCGCCGCAGGAGGAAGAGCCGGGAUCCGGCAUCGAGGCAUCGAUCGUCUCUGCCGCCAGCGGAUCGCGACCAGCUGCUGGUGGAGGUAGUGGAUCGCUCACAGUUGUGGACAAUCGAACAGGGAAGAAGUAUGAGUUUGCUAUCAGCGAUGGCGGCACGGUGAAUGCCACGGAUUUUAAGAAGAUCAAAGCUGAAGGUGAUGAUAAUGGCUUGAAGCUGUAUGAUCCGGGAUACCUCAACACGGCGCCUGUGCGUUCUUCCAUUUCUUACAUUGAUGGGGACAAAGGGAUUCUUCGCUACAGGGGAUAUCCGAUUGAGGAAUUAGCGGAACACAGCACUUACCUAGAGGUCGCGUAUCUACUAAUGUAUGGCUAUCUCCCGACUAAAGCACAGCUCUCGGAUUGGGAAGCCACGAUUAUGCAGCACUCUGCUCUACCUGAAGGAGUGCUGGCUGUUAUAUCUGAUUUGCCUCAUGACGCUCACCCGAUGGGAACUCUUGUUGGCUCCAUAUGCGCUCUUUCUUCUUUUCAUCCUGAUGCUAAUCCAGCACUUCGAGGGCAGGACCUUUACAAGUCGAAGCCCGUUCGUGACAAGCAAAUUGUUCGCAUUAUUGGCAAGGUCCCCACUUUGGCAGCUGCUGCUUAUCUGAGAAUGGCGGGCAGGCAUCCCGUGGCGCCAUCCAACAGUCUUUCCUAUGCCGAGAAUUUUUUAUACAUGCUGGACUCAAUGGGUGAUCGCAAUUACAGGCCUAACCCACGGCUUGCAAGAGCCUUAGACAUUCUUUUCAUUCUUCAUGCUGAGCAUGAGAUGAAUUGUUCUACUGCUGCUGCUCGUCAUCUCGCAUCAAGUGGCGUAGAUGUAUACACCGCAAUUGCUGGAGCGACUGGCGCGUUGUAUGGUCCCUUGCACGGAGGCGCCAACGAGGCAGUGCUGAAGAUGCUCAGUGAAAUUGGUACAGUCGAAAAGAUCCCAGAGUUUAUCGAGGGAGUCAAGAACAGAAAGCGGAAGCUUUCCGGUUUUGGUCACCGAGUUUACAAGAACUAUGAUCCCCGCGCAAAGGUGAUAAAAAAUCUUUCGGAGGAGGUAUUUUCAAUCGUUGGACGUGAUCCACUGAUAGAGGUUGCCGUUGCAUUGGAGAGAGCCGCGCUCUCGGACGAUUAUUUCGUGAAGAGAAAACUCUAUCCCAACGUGGACUUCUACUCGGGACUAAUAUACAGAGCUCUGGGAUUCCCAUCGGAGUUCUUCCCCGUCUUGUUCGCCGUGCCCCGGAUGGCUGGCUACCUCGCGCACUGGAAAGAGUCGCUCGACGAUCCAGACACGAAGAUCAUGCGUCCACAGCAGUGGUACAUUGGCGAAUGGUUGCGUAAGUACAUUCCACUCUCGAAUCGCUCGGUGGAAACCACGGCCGAGAAGCUGGGCCAAAUUUCCGUGUCAAACGCUACAAGGAGGCGUUUGGCUGGCGUUCCCUCUUCUUAACAUAAAACACUACAUUAAUAAACAAUAAUUUCCAGACUAA